UUUCCAUUUUCCUUUUCCCCCCUUCAUCUCCCUCCUGCGAGCUCACAUCAAGUUCAUUUUCGCAGCCUCUCGGCACAGCACCGUGAACGGUACAGCUCCUGCAUUUCUGCUCUUCAGCCUCUCGUAGAAGAUUCGUCGCACGAGCAAGCAUCGGCGGCGGAACCGAUUCGAUGGCCGCGACGUUAUCUGCUUCGCUCCUCCCUUCUUCUCAGCCGCUCGCUCCCUCAGUGCCCCCGUCCUUAUCUCCGUCCUCCUCGUCGCUCUGCGCCAGCGGAAUUCACCUCGGGAGCAGCAGGCGCUUCUCGCCUUGUUUGCCGCUUCGAUCCUCGCAGCUCGCCUCGAAGGUCUGCGCGAGGCGUUUCGGGACGGCGAUUAGAGCCUCCGCCGACUACUAUGCUACUCUCGGAGUCCCCAAGUCCGCGAGCGGUAAGGAGAUUAAGGCUGCUUACCGGAAGUUAGCGCGCCAGUACCACCCCGAUGUCAACAAGCAGCCAGGAGCUACAGAGAAGUUUAAGGAAAUCAGUGCUGCAUAUGAGGUGCUUUCCGACGAUAAAAAGAGGGCUUUGUAUGAUCAAUAUGGUGAAGCAGGAGUAAAGAGUACAGUGGGGGGCCCAUCAAAUACUUAUACGACUAAUCCUUUCGAUCUAUUCGAAACAUUUUUUGGCCCAACUAUGGGUGGUUUUGCGGGUAUGGACCCAACUGGAUUCAGAACAAGCCGACGUAGCACUGUUAUGAAGGGUGAAGAUCUACGUUAUGACAUGACUCUAAAAUUUUCUGAGACCAUAUUUGGAGCGGAGAAAGAAUUCGAGCUCUCCCACUUGGAAACAUGUGAAGUUUGCUCUGGUACUGGAGCAAAGGUUGGUUCCAGGAUGAGGAUAUGCUCAACAUGUGGUGGUAGGGGCCAGGUCAUGCGAACAGAGCAGACUCCUUUUGGCAUGUUCUCCCAGGUGUCUGUUUGUCCCAAUUGUGGUGGAGAUGGUGAAGUCAUUUCUGAAUAUUGUCGAAAAUGCUCUGGCGAAGGGCGUAUUCGGGUCAGAAAGGACAUCAAAGUGAAAAUUCCACCUGGAGUCAGCAAGGGUAGUAUCCUCAGAGUUGCUGGAGAAGGUGAUGCUGGACCGAGAGGGGGUCCUACAGGUGAUCUUUUUGUAUAUCUUGAGGUCAAGGAGAUUCCGGAAAUUCAAAGAGAUGGAAUAAAUCUCAAUUCUACAGUAACAAUUAGCUAUCUAGAUGCUAUAUUAGGUGCAGUGGUGAAGGUUAAAACAGUUGAAGGAACUUCUGAACUACAAGUUCCUCCAGGUACACAACCAGGGGCUGUUCUGGUUCUUGCAAAAAAAGGUGCACCAAAAUUGAAUAGACCUUCAAUACGUGGUGACCAUUUAUUUACAGUUAAGGUCACGGUACCAAAGCGUGUGAGUUCAAGUGAACGGGAGUUACUUGAAGGGCUGGCUUCCUUGAGUAGCUCUACCAGCAGUCGCUCAAGAACUCGUCCGAGAACACCAUCACCUGCUCCAACUCCUGAGAAGCAGCAAGUGGAUUCUGAGAUGGAGAAGACUGAAGAAUCGGGAGAUGAAAAUGACUGGUGGAAGAAGUUGAAAGAUUUGGCUGGGUCUGUUGCGAAUGGAGCUCUAAAAUGGAUGAAAGACAACCUGUAAUUUGAGGUAUCCGUACGUCGAAGGCAAAACUCACAUUCUUCCUUGCACAUUGUAGUUGCCCUAGAAUUUUGUCUGUUCCCCGAAAAAUUUGCCGGCAAAAGAUGCAGCUAUCAAUUGCUUUAAGCAUUCAGUCUUCUCAGAGUUCUCCAGAGAAUCAAACAAUGCACAGCCCUGGUGGUUAUUCUUUGAUUUUUUUUUUCUCACUGUAAAUUUUAGCCAUUGAUCAGGGGAUAAAGGCUUCAUCUGUGCAAGUGCAUUACUUUGUAA